AUUUUCGACAAGGCGCUUGUGACGAGAGUACAGUUUCAGACUUUCACUUGGCAGAGCGAAAUGGCUUCCCGACUUCUGUGGGCUUCAAGAGCUGCUUCCUACCUCAGAGUCUCUGUCUGUCACAGAGGCUUCGCUACUGUUCUGAAAGAUUUGAAGUAUCUUGAUUCCCAUGAGUGGGUAAAGGUUGAUGGACAUUCUGCAACUGUUGGCAUAACUGAUCAUGCCCAAGAUCAUUUGGGUGAUGUUGUUUAUGUUGAACUACCAGAAGUGGGAGCAUCUGUAACCCAGGGACAAAGUUUUGGUGCAGUUGAAAGCGUUAAGGCUACUAGCGAUGUUAAUUCUCCUGUUUCAGGAAAAGUCGUUGAAAUUAAUGAGAAGCUGGAAAGCUCUCCUGCUCUGGUCAACUCAAGCCCUUACGAAAACGGAUGGAUAAUUAAAGUUGAAAUGAGUGACAAUGGUGAACUCAACAAGCUGAUGGAUUCAGAUCAGUACUCCAAGUUCUGUGAAGAAGAAGAUUCCAAGCAUUGAUGAUAAUCUUCUAAGGAUCUUUCAGGACUGUGCAUCCAAGAAAGUAGAACGUAUUAAUUUGGGAAUCCUCAAUAUCGCUUCUUUUUCCCCCUCCUUUCCCCCAUGUGCUUUUGCUUGCUCUUUUUUCUGGUUUCGUGAGAGCUUCAAAUUCGGUGGAAUAAUAAUUUUCACUUUUUCUCCGAGCAUUCCAAUUGACAGUUUGGGAAAUCUUAUCACCAAUUAAAAAAGAAAAUACGUAUUACCAAAAGUUGAA